AAGACGGAAGCGCUCAGAUGUGUCCAGUCUCACUGGGGUGGAUGGCGUCGUGGUGCGGAUCUAACACUCCAAAGUUUCUAAUUCAGUUGUUCCUUAUCAUUAGAAAUUACUAGUUUCAAAAUUAACAUGGAAAACAGUCAGAGGUCAGGUCACCGAGGACGCUAAAUUUUUGGCACCGUGCGUAAAAGCGCACAGUCGCUUGGAUACGGCGCAGAAGCAAACUGGACUAUUUUCCGCGACUUUAUUUCUUCUGCUCAGAUAUCAGUAUAUAAGUUAUAUACCGGUACUUAAAUGAGCAAUUAUACCAGAGGCAAGACAGCACCGAGUGAUGGAUAGCUCUCCGGCUCACUGCGCGGAAACGGAAGGUCCGGUGCUCUCAUCCGGUGCGAGCAGCGCUGACUGCGAGCAGAAGGAGCUUUAGGGAAACCACUGGUUCUGUCACUGUCGCCGUCACUCCCCGCCCCCAGACAGAGCAGCAGUUAUUGUGACAGCAGUGGCGAAGUUGCCCUGAUAUGCCUCCCAGCUGCGAAGAUGACAGAUGUUGCUCACGCGUCGCGGCUUCAAGAUAACGUUUUGACGGUGGACGGAACCUGCUCCGGUGAAGCUCUUCACUUCCAGAGUGCAACAUGGGAUACAACCACCUGUUCUUUGUGGGGACGGCGAUUUCCUGGGCGCUGCUCUUCACUCAGUCAGUUCUUUGUCAUGAGAAGACCCACUCCCACGCUGAAGAUGAGCUCUUCAAGACGCUGUUUGCUGGUUACAACAAGUGGUCCAGACCCGUGCCCAACAUCUCCGACGUGGUCAUCGUCAAGUUUGGACUCUCCAUAGCACAGCUCAUAGACGUGGAUGAGAAGAACCAGAUGAUGACGACCAAUGUGUGGCUCAAACAGGAGUGGAAUGAUUACAAGCUUCGCUGGAGACCGUCUGACUACGACAACGUGACGUCCAUCAGAGUGCCGUCGGAGCUCAUCUGGGUUCCAGACAUCGUCCUCUAUAACAAUGCUGACGGUGAAUUCGCUGUGACCCACAUGACCAAAGCUCACCUCUUCCACACGGGUAAAAUCCGCUGGGUCCCACCUGCCAUCUACAAGAGCUCCUGCAGCAUCGACGUCACCUUCUUCCCCUUCGAUCAGCAGAACUGUAAGAUGAAAUUUGGCUCUUGGACCUACGACAAGGCCAAGAUCGACCUGGAGCGAAUUGAGAACACGGUGGACCUCAACAACUACUGGGAGAGCGGUGAAUGGGCCAUCAUCAACGCUGUGGGAACGUACAACACAAAGAAGUACGACUGCUGCCACGAGAUCUACCCAGACAUCACCUACUUCUUCAUCAUCCGCAGACUUCCCUUGUUUUACACCAUCAACCUCAUCAUCCCCUGUCUGCUGAUCUCCUGUCUCACCGUUCUGGUUUUCUAUCUGCCCUCAGACUGCGGUGAGAAGAUCACUCUGUGCAUCUCUGUGCUGCUUUCCCUCACUGUCUUCCUCCUCCUCAUCACGGAGAUCAUACCCUCCACAUCCCUUGUCAUCCCCCUCAUUGGCGAGUACCUCCUCUUCACCAUGAUUUUUGUCACUCUGUCCAUCGUCAUCACCGUGUUCGUGCUCAAUGUGCACCAUCGCUCUCCCAGCACUCACAAGAUGCCCCGCUGGGUCCACUCCGUGUUCCUGGACUUGAUCCCACGCUGGCUGUUCAUGCGACGGCCGGCUCCGGAUGGCCGCCGUCGCAGGCUGCUGCUGCUCCAGCAGGAGGCAGCGGCGGAGCGACGGCAGGCCCGGAUGGUCGGCCACAAAUCUGGCUUCGGCCUCAGCACCUCGGCCACCUGGCUGAGAGACGGGACCACGUUGGACGACCCGGAGAGAAGCUGUUACGAGGAUCUGGAGCUGGGAACGUUGACGUCUUAUUUUUCCUUCCGUCCUCCGUCGCCCAGACCUCCGGGGUCGACUCCUCCGCCUCAACAAAAGACUCCACAAAACAGUCAGAACCGACAGGAAGGGACUGCAGGGACGAACAGACAGUUAACCGGAGCCAGAGUUAAUUCCACUCAGCGGCCAGCUAAAGUUGACAAUACAGUGUCACAGUCGUUCCUGCUUUCACCCAGUGUUAUACGUGCACUGGAAGGGGUGCACUACAUAGCAGAUCACCUGAGGGCAGAGGACGCUGACUUCAGUGUGAAAGAGGACUGGAAGUAUGUCGCCAUGGUGAUUGACCGCAUCUUCCUGUGGAUGUUCAUUAUUGUGUGCCUGCUUGGGACUAUUGGCCUCUUCUUGCCCCCGUGGCUCGCUGGCAUGAUUUAAUGCUUGUGGGAAAAUACUAAGAAAUUCACACCCACCUCAACUCAAGUUUGCUGUUUGGCAUUUAAAGUGUAGCUGAACUUCAAAACUGGCAGCGUGACUCAAGUUUGUGUAACACAGUACAACCCAUGUGGCCUCACAAAAAGCCGCGGUCGCCAAGCCAAAAUUAUGACUACUGAAGAGAACAUUGCUAUUUUCAGAUUCUUCAUUUUUUCUUUGUAGCAAGAGUGGUAAUUUUAUGUCAGGCUCAGCUAUCGAGACUGCACCUGUGCUCAGGUUGUACUUGAUCUGAAUGCUAACAUUUACAUGCUAACAUUCACAGAUUGAGCAAGUUAACAAGGAAGUUAACAUCCACUGGAUGUAACAUUUGACAUGUUAGUGUGCUAGUAUGCUAACAUCCAUCCAUCCAUACACCGCUUAAUCCUCAUUAGGUUUUCGGGGGGCCUGGAGUCUAUCUCAGCUGACUUAGGGUGAAGGCAGGGGACACCAUGGACAGGUCACCAGUCUAUCGCAGGGCUACACAGACAGACAAACAAUCACACUCGCAUUCAUACCUAUGGACAAUUUAAAAUCCCCAAUUAACCUGAGCAUGUUUUUGGACUGUGGGAGAAGGCCGGACUACCUGGAGAAAACCAUGCACAGGGAGAACAUGGAAACUCCACACAGAAAGAUCCCAGGACAGAUGGGAUCGUCUAGCCUCAAGGUGAAAGUGCUGACCACCAAGCCACUGUCCAGCCCCAGUAUGCUAGCAUGCCAGGGUUAAUUAUAUGAUCUUUUUGGUGUGUUAGUUAGCAUAACAUGCUAGUUAGAUAUUUUCAAUUAGUUCAUGCAGAUUCUCAGUCAUCCAUGUUGAGGUAAUUCUAAGAGCUUCAGAAGAAGACAGCAGGACUUUUGUCCUUGGUUUUUGAAGGUGUUUUACCACAAAGCAGCAUCCAAGAGGCUUCUUCAGCUCUACCUGACUGGUGGGGAGUGCCAGAUGUGUGAACUUAGAAGGAUCUUUUCCGAAGACGACCUAUCAGGGCACUUCAGACCCAGAACCAGACAAAAACAGGUUCAAUCUAAGUUAAAGAUAGCCAAACAAAAGCCAAGCAAUGUUAUAUUUGCAGUUCACUGCAGCAAGGAGUGCAUAGACCCACAUACAGUGUGACGAACCUCCACCUGGACACUAGGUGUCCCUGUCUUUUCUUUUCCAGAGCUGAGGGAGCUUCAUCAGCUGAUUGAGCCACACCUGGGAUCCAAUGGCUCAGCUCCCUCAUUUUCCAUUCAAGCUCUGUCUGACAGGAGCUGCUUUCUCCAGGAACACCAGCAGCAUGGUUUUGUGUUUCUGUUUGGGGUUCUUUAGUGCGUAGUUUUGGUUGUUUUUGUGUUAAAAUAAAUCCGUUUUAGUCACCACACAGUUGCUGUCUCCCUGUUACAGUUUUUGAGCCAAGCUGUAACAACUGGAGAAACUCAACAACUGCUUCACAUGGCUUAAAACAGGAGAGCAGCUCUUCAGGACAAGGAAAAGAAACACUCCUUUGUGGACAGCAAAGUCCACAUGGUAGACGGAGAAGACCAAUGGUUUAAGAUAGAUCUAUGACACCACUUAUCAGGUACUUCUAAUGCAGUCUUGAGAGCUCUCACAAACAGUUUACUAAUAUUAACACCUUGAAUCACCCCUCCAUAGGGACUUUAACAACUUUUCACACCUCAAGGCAUGUGAGUCAUGUAAGUUGGCGGUGAGAAUAUAUUUCUGAGACUCCCCACUAGUCAGUUAGACACGAAGAGGCCGUCCCUAAAUGUUGGAACAUCUUAAAGAACCAAAAAGAGAAGUCAAGCUGCUUUCCAAAUGAAACUUUGAGGACAGUUAAACGAUGUGGUGCCAACGCUGGUGUGGGCCGAGGUGUUGGAGUGAAGUAGUUACUGUUUCUGUGGUUUCAGAGAUUACCACUUAAACAUCAGAAACCCAAUAAAUGACAUUUAUUAGUAGCAGUCUGAUUAGUAGUGACUGUGAUCUUGCUAUAAUAGUGGGACAUCAGUGUCAUCCAGAUGUUAGCUUGUUGUAAGAGACCUAAACAGGGAAGGUGUAAGGGAAAGACUCACCACUUAAAGAAUCCUGAGUAGAAAUCUAAGGGUAGCUGUAUAGCACAUGACCAGCCCCUCCAAAAAGCCAAUUAUCUGCUCAGUAACAGCCAAACUACAAAAUAUCCAACAAAUUGUGUCUUAUGCGCAGUGAAGCAUAAGUCUGUCUGAAAAUACGCUUUUUUUAACCUUAUUUUGGAGCAAAGUCACCAAACUUCUAAAGUGUUUUUUAUCAGAUUUGACUGGUGAUUCCAGACAGGCAGUUUUUGUGCCCCGGUAAACAUUGAAAUUGCAGUUUUGGCUCUCUCCCCAUUCAUUUUAUUUAUGCCUCUGGUCCUGUUUGCCCAAAAUAACUGCCAAGUGGCGAGACUUGCCUAUAUGACUUUGAAUUGAACCUGGAGAGAAGCAACUUUAUUGUAGCUUUACAUUUAUCUUCUCUACAUGUUGUUUGUUCAUAUGAGUGUGACUUAAUAAACCAAACCUUGAAAUUAGCAAACCAAGAGCAUGGACUGCUGGAUUGACAAGAUUCAUCUUCCUGACCUUAAUUCUGUCAACAGACACCCGUAAAGCAUCUACUGUAGCUGACUGAACAUCUUGAUCACAUGCUAUUUAAUGCUUUAAUACCAAUAUUAUUUAUCCGUUCCCAAAGAAUUUUUUUUCUUUUUCCACAUGACUUUAUAGAAAUGUGGGGUUGUGAAUAAGUCUUUGAAGACGGGACUCCUGGGUCCACACAGGCAGCUUUAGAGUUUAGUCAAAAUCCAAAAGACGUUUCCCAUGUAGCUCAACACUGGUCAGUGACAGAAGUUCAUUUGGUUCUUUCAGAGGUAUCGGUCAUGAAACGGAAUGUUGCACAAGUGGAAAUUUCAGUCUGUUGGUGUCAGAAAGUUAUCUGAAGGAUUCUGGAGCUGAAGAAGGCACCAAAUUCAUGAUGCUGUGAAUGACUCAGUGGCAAAAACCUCACCAAUGUGGAAAAACUGCAGUCAUUUCCUGUGUUUGUGCCAGGUGGAAAAGCUUCGACAGAUCUGGACAUCUGCUUUUGAUGGGAUGGCUUUUACCGCAUUAUGGUAGAACACACUGGAUGUACUAACUGAAGUCAUUUGGUUUGGACGGAAGUUGCGUUUGUACAGGCUUUUCUUUCUGGCGAUGCUGCGGUGAUUACACUUAUUUUUGAAUGAUUGUACUAUGUAAUAAAUCCCCUCAUGGAAAAAACUUUGAAAACCCUAUCAAUAUGGUAUUUAUUGAUGUGUGAAAAUGACCUAAAGGCAUUCACAUGAACAGUUUAAUUUUGCAAAGAUAAACAAACUAGAUUGGAAUGUAGGAAUGACAACACUGGACACGUUCAUGUUUCCCUCUGCUUUAAGCUUACCUCAUUAUAGAGACCAUGGGCUGUUUUAUAUGUCAGCUGAAGUAUAUUUAGGGUCCGAGCACCAACGAGGCAAGGAACCUCUUGUAAUGCAUGGGUUUUUCCUUAUACUUUCUCUUUUGGACGGAAAAAUACUUGAAAAUGCGUGAAAAUUUGCAAACACAUCAGGACCGGCAAAAAACAUUUUAUUUUAGUUUUAACCCUUUGAUGCAUAGACCACAUGAGGAGAUACCCAUUUUCCAUUGGAUUUGGGUGACUUUUGACCCAGGUUAUGCAUCAAAGGGUUAAGGGGAAUAGACACGUAUGUGGCAAAGUGGCUCAUUAGCCUCCUCUGCAAUACUAUGAAAAUUCAGCCCCUGAACCACUUUUUACCUACAGCUACAAAAUUUGGUACACAUCUGUAGCACAUCAAGACACACAAAAAAGCGUCAUGCACAAAUACCCAAAAUCCAACAGGAAGUCGGCCAUUUUGAAUUAUGUAUCAUAUUUUGGACAAUUUUGGACCAAUUUUUGCACAUUUUCAAAAGCUAUAAACUCAAACAGGGUAACCCCAACAGAGCUCAAAUUUGGCAAGGAUGUACAGCAGGCAUGGAUGAUCAAAAGUUAUCAAAAUGCUCCGCAAAAGCCUGAGGGCGUGGAAACGGAAGCUCCCGGAAUUUUGAUGUUUCGCCAUGAAACAGGAAGUGCUGUGUAACUGGCCUGUACAUGCUCCAGUCUGCCUCAAACUUUACGUGUGAUUAGACUCCAGCCACACAUAGGCCGAUAUACAUUCACAGUGACAGCGCCACCUGGUGGACGGUUUUGAUAGGUCACCAUCAAAAUAAGCCAUGGGCCAAAAUACACUCUCAGUUGCAGCGACCAGCAAAGAUGCGAGGACCUGACCAACGCUGCUUGCAGCUUUCAUUAGGGUCCGAGCACCGAAUGGUGCGAAGACCCUAUUGAAACCCGUGGGUUUAUUAUUAUUAUUUUUAUUUUUUCUCCGACCAAAAGAAUUGCACUUUUGGCGGCCUUAUCAUACCCCAAAACGCUUGAAACUUGGCAUGCUCAUCAGGACUGGCGAAAAAUUUGAUAUUUUAGGAAAGUUGCGCAUGUGUGUGGCAAAAUGGCUCCAUAGCGCCCCCUGGAAAAUUGAAAAUUUGGUCAUUAGGCCAACUUGCACGACGUUUCAUCUACAGCUACAAAAUUUGGCAUGCAUAUUCAGCACAUCAGGAAACCCAAAAAAGUCAAUCACGGCCAUACUGUAAAUCCAACAGGAAGUCGGCCAUCUUGAAUUAGCUGUAAAUUUUUUUGAUAUUAAUAACUCAGCAGGGGUAAGUCUGAGAGACGCCAAAUUUGGCCAGUAUAUGCAACAGCCCAACGUGAUAAAAAGUUAUCAAAAUGCUCUGCAAAAGUCUGAAGGCGUGGAAAUGGCGAGCCACGGAAUGCGGCCAUUUUGAAAUAUGAUUCAUAUUUUGGACAUUUUGUCAUUUUUGGACAUUUUAAAAAGCUAUUAACUCAAACACCGUAACCACGAGAGAGCUCAAAUUUAGUCAGGAUGGACACCAGUCAUGGUUGAUCAAAGGUUAUCAAAAUACUCUGCAACAGUCUGACGGUGUGGCCAUGGUGACCAGCAGAAUGCCGCCAUUUUGGAUGUCUCGCCAUGAAACAGGAAGUGCUGUCUAACUAGCCUGGACAUGCAUCAAUCUGCCUCAAACUUUACAUGUGUGAUCAGAGUCCAGCCCUAAUCACAUCCAUAGGUCGAUAUAGACUCACUGUCAUAGCACCACCUGGCGGCCAUUUUGAAUUUCUCGCCAUGAAACAGGAAGUCAUGUCUAACUAGCCUGUACAUGCUCCAAUUUGUCUGAAAUUUUACAUGUAUGAUCAGAGUCCGGCCCUAAUCACAUCUUUGUGGCACUUGGUGGCCAUUUUGGAUUCCUCGCCAUUAAACAGGAAGUGCUGUCUUACUA